UGGAGCGUGGGUCCCAUCCUCCAGUUCUGAGAACUGUGAUGCUGCUGUGACUGCACCUUGGGACAGCCCCAGCGAGUCCAGCCCAGUAUAAGAGCGCAGCCCCUGGCUCUGCCGAGCCCACCAGAGACACACGCAGAGGUAGGCACAGAGCGGGGGGCUCGGGGGGGAUCCUGCUUCGGGGGUGCUGCUGCCAGGGCUGGGGGCUCUGCCCUGGCUGGCCCUGCCGGCUGUGCCCCUCUCCUGGGUUAUGGCUGCCCUUCCCCACCCUUUCCCUUGCCAGAUGCUGGUGCUGGUGGCACUGCUGCUGUUCCUGGUGCCUGCAGAAGCCCUGACUGCCUUCCCCCUGAAGCUCCAGGUGGGGAAGCUCAACCAGGACGUGGUGGUGCGAUGUGACACCGCAGAGCAGCACAUCCGCUGGACACUCAACGGGGAGGAGGAGCCCAUGGCCGAACUGAUGCCUGAGGGCCAGAAGCUCACCAUCCUCGGCUUGGACCUGCCAGCCACCGGCAACUACAGCUGCUGGGCUGGCCCCGUCCUGCUGGACAGCACCUACGUGGUGCUCAGCAGCGCCCGCGAGGAGGAGAUCAACGUGUCGUGCCAGGCCGAGUCCUACAAUGGCUCCUUCCACUGCUCCUGGCCCGGGCCCCCCUCUGCCAUCUUCCGUGCCCGCCUCAUCCGCAGCGAUGGCUCCGUGGGGCCGUGGGUGCCGGUGGCCAGCGACCAUGGCAGGUUCAACACCAGCCUGGCAGACCCCCUGUUCUGCCCCUUCGGAGAGGAGCUGCGCCCGCUCCAGCUGCACCUGGAGGGGCUCUCGGACACCUCCUACCUCAACCUCUCCAGGCAUUUCUUCCUCCGCGACAUUGUGCGUCCUGAUCCGCCCCAGGAGCUGAUCCUGCAGCAGCGGGGGGAGCAGCUCCACCUGGCCUGGGCCCCCCCGGCCUCCUGGCCGCUCCCCAAGUCCUACUUUGCGCUGCUCUACCACCUACAGUACGAGCUCCACAACGGCUCCCAGGUUGAGCAGUUCGUGGAGGGCGCGGAGGAGACGCCGGUGCCGGCAGGAGCGGGGCGGGUGCGAAUCAGCUGCCGGGACCCCUACACCCCCCCGGCCUGGAGCCCCUGGAGCGCCUGGACGAGCCUCGAUGCACCCCAAUAACAGCGGCUUUGAGGGCGCCGAC